AUGCAACAAUCCGAAGUGCUCGUCCACAUCUCCGCACCCAGCACCGUGGGCGAUGAUGCCAGCUACCGCGCUCAAGUCGAAGCCAUCCUCGGUUUCCAGCCCUUCUCGCGUCAGGUCAUAACCUUGCGAUCAGACGACAGCGACCCCGUCUCCACUGCAACGGAAGCCGGUCCCUCCUAUACCCAGGGACCACACAAUGCCAGCUCUUCUACACCCAGGCCUCCAGACCCUGGAGCAGCCUCAUCAGUUCAGCGACAAAGUCAUCAUGACAAAGACUCGCUCGAAACCCCCCUGAGUGUCAUUCCAGAUUCUCAGCCUGAGCGAAUACCCCUUGAGCCAGUCGACUUGCAGGAGAUUGCUCUUCCCCAAUCAAGUACAUCUCGUCGCAAAUCGACUGAUACAAAUGGCUCGCCUCCUCAUACGAAGCGAAGUCGUGUGGAUGUCCCUCCACUGGUGACCCAACAAGCACGCAACAAUACACCCCCCUCAGACGAGCGUCUCAACAACGACAAAUCGCCAAAUAACACCGCCACCAAAGAAGAAGUCAUUAGAACCUCAGAAGACAACACCCUACACCUCCCCCUAGACAUCAAGCCAAACCCACCCCCCAUCUCAGCAAACCCCUUCACAACCCACAUCACCCCCACCCUAAAAAUGCUCUCCAUCCGCCUCAAUCCCUCCCGCACAUACACGCCCAUCAACCAAACCCGACCCCUCGACAACCUCGAGAGAGGACACUGGUACCUCCGCCUCAAUCUCUCCCCAAAUCCAAACUCAACCUCCAGCUCCACCUGGGAGAUGCCAUUCUUCAUGCGCUUCUGGACCUUUCUAACGGAUUUCAUCGCCAAAGAAGGCCGCGCCGGCUGGGGUGUCUGGUGCCUUCUGGAGGAUAAUGGCUCAGAUAAACCUGCAAAUGGCCUCGAGGAUGGUGGUGAUGAGACAACAACGAGACCAGUAAUCCUGAAGGUCUAUGCAUGGGGUGAGAUAGCUUCUCAUAUAUACCUACUCUUAUUCCUAGCGAGUGAGCGUCGCGUCCGCAGAAUGGGGCUGCAAUGGCGCGAUAGUGCAGAUGAAGUUGGAUGGUAUAUCCUAGUCUGUGAUUUCAUUUUGAAAUACUACUUUUGCGAGUGUGAAUGGAAGCCCGUUCCUCAUACUGAAGGUAGGAUGCGUCAGUCCAAUACAGCGGGAAGGACAAAGCAAGGCAAUUGUAUCUGGCCAUAUGUCAUUGAGCUUAUGAUACUAUGGUACAAUCCGAGGGACGCCAAGACCAGAAGAAGAAGGAAAAAAAAAAACAAGAACAACGACGAAGGAUGUGAACGAGAGAAGAUAGCAUGCAGACUUGAGUUUCAAGAUCCCGGAAAUAGUUCAGUAGCAGUCGCAAAGCCAACUCGUGGCCUCAAGAGGGCACAAGGAAACACGCCAUAUUCCGUAGAAAAAGGAAAUCAGGCACAAUCCCAACCUGAAUGA